GGGGCGCUGCAGGGAUGGUGUCCAGGAUCACGGGCUCUGUGGGUAAAGGUCUGGCCGCCAUCACGAUGGACAAAGAGUAUCAACAGAAACGACGAGAGGAGAUGAACCGACCGCCCAAAGACUUCGGAGAGAGUUUGGCUAAAGGAGGAAAAGGACUGUUGAAGGGAGUCAUGGGUGGAGUCACAGGCAUCGUCACCAAACCUGUGGAAGGGGCGAAGAAGGAGGGCGCGGCCGGCUUCUUUAAAGGAAUCGGUAAAGGUCUGGUGGGCGUGGUCGCUCGGCCGACAGGCGGCAUUGUGGACAUGGCGAGCAGCACCUUCCAGGGCAUCCAGAGGUACGACAGCUGUUCACUUUGUGUGGCUUUGUUUGUCUAUGAACCUG